CGGAGAGGUUCUGAUCCUAACGCCACUCCUCUGAGCGGAUAUUAAUAACUAACGGGACACAUAUCAGUCUACAGACUUAAGCUGAAGGAAACCGACACUACUUUGGCGUUUUAAAGUUGAAUUCCUUUGUCAACUUUGGAUUUGAAUGACUUCAGGGUUCACUAUGUCAUUCUUUAAUUUCCGUAAAAUCUUUAAACUGGGAUCUGAGAAGAAGAAGAAACAGUAUGAACACGUGCGCAGAGAUGAGAAUCCAGAGGAAGUCUGGGACAUCAUCGGUGAACUGGGAGAUGGAGCCUUUGGAAAAGUGUUCAAGGCUCAAAACAAACAGACGAGAAUUCUAGCUGCAGCCAAAGUUAUUGACACAAAGACCGAGGAGGAGUUGGAGGACUACAUGGUGGAGAUUGACAUCCUGGCCUCCUGCGACCAUGAAAACAUUGUCAAACUGCUCGACGCUUUCUAUUAUGAGGGCAAACUCUGGAUCCUCAUUGAGUUCUGUGCAGGAGGGGCUGUGGAUGCAGUCAUGCUAGAACUGGAGAGAGCCCUGACAGAGCCCCAGAUCCGGGUGGUGUGUAAGCAGACUUUGCAGGCCCUCGUCUACCUCCACGACAACAAAAUCAUCCACAGAGACCUGAAGGCCGGCAACAUCCUCCUCACGCUGGACGGUGACGUCAAGCUGGCUGACUUUGGUGUGUCUGCCAAAAACACCAAAACCCUGCAGAGGAGAGACUCUUUCAUUGGAACACCUUACUGGAUGGCUCCAGAGGUGGUGAUGUGCGAGACGUCCAAGGACCGUCCAUACGACUACAAGGCUGAUAUCUGGUCCCUCGGGGUCACCUUGAUAGAGCUGGCACAGAUUGAGCCGCCCAAUCACGAGAUGAACCCAAUGAGAGUCCUGCUGAAAAUAGCCAAGGCGGAUCCUCCGACCCUGAUGCAGCCGUCACGCUGGUCCCCAGAAUUCAGUGAUUUCUUAAAGCGGUGUCUGGACAAGCACGUGGACAACAGAUGGACUCCGACGCAACUGCUACAGCAUUCGUUUGUGUCCGGUGUGACCAACAGCAGGCCCGUGAGGGAGCUCAUAGCUGAGGCCAAGGCUGAGGUUUGGGAGGAGAUCGAAGACCACAAAGAGGAGGAAGAGGAGGAAGACACAGAAGUUCACCUGGGCCACAAACGCGCCCGCUCAGAUGUCAGCGUCGCCAGCUCAGAGGAUGAGAAGAUUCCCCUCUCUCCCUCCAUCUUGGAAUCAGUCCCUGAGAAGGCUGAGCCAAUUGUGUCUGUGCCCGUACCCGCUGAGCUCCCUGUGGCCAACCACGUGGUGGACACUAGUUUAGUUGAGGAGCCCGCUGCCCCUGCAGCUGGGGAGCAUACGGAGGAGACUUCAGAUGCUCCGGUUGAGGAUAGAGAGAUAGAACAGAAACCGGUGGAGGAAAAGCCUCCAGAAGCAGGAGAAGAUGUCGCCUCCCCUGAACCGGAGACUGAACCAGAGGCACCUGCUAAGGAAACGCAGCAGUUGGAGACCGCAGUCCAGGAUGAAAAGGAAGUGGACACAGCCGAGGUUCCAGUCAAUCCACAGGCCAGCACAGAGACUUCGGAGGUCAUCGAGGUUCCUCGGGAGGAAAAGACGGCUGCUGUUGUGGAGGAAUCAAACGCACCAGCAGAGGAGGAGGAGGACCGGUACAAAAAUCUCAAGGUGACACUGACGCUACCAGAGCAAGAUAAAGUUGUCCCAAAAGAGGAGAAUGGAGAAAAACCCACGGAAAAGGAGAAGACAAAUGCAGAAGAUGAGAAGACGGUUCCAGACAAAGCUAAGGAUGACAAAGAGAGAGAUUCAGACUCGGGGAGCGGCUCAGCCGCAGAUAACAGCAGUGUAGACCUCAAUCUGUCUAUCUCAAGCUUUCUCUCCAAAACAAAAGAGCCUGGAUCUGUUUCCAUACAGGACAACAAGCGUCAGAAGAAGACGUUGAAAAAGACUCGCAAAUUCAUGGUGGAUGGAGUGGAAGUUAGCGUGACUACAUCAAAGAUCAUCACUGACAAUGAUACCAAGAACGAGGAGAUGAGAUUCCUGAGGCGCCAGGAGCUGAGGGAGCUGCGUCUCCUGCAGAAGGAGGAGCAGAGGGCCCAGCAGCAGCUCAGCAACAAGCUGCAGCAGCAAAAAGAACAGAUCUACCGGCGCUUUGAACAGGAGACCACGAGUAAGAAGCGUCAGUACGACCAGGAGGUGGAGAACCUGGAGCGGCAGCAGAAGCAGACCAUCGAGAGGCUGGAGCAGGAGCACACCAACCGGCUCAGGGACGAGGCCAAACGAAUCAAAGCCGAGCAGGACAAAGAACUCUCCAAGUACCAGAACAUGCUGAAAAACCGCAAGAAAGAGGAACAGGAGUUUCUUCAGAAGCAGCAGCAGGAUCUGGACAGCGAUCUGAAGAAGAUAAUCCAGCAACACAAACACGAGCUCGCCACCAUCGAGAGAGACUGCCUCAACCACAAGCAGCAGCUUCUCCGAGCUCGGGAGGCUGCCAUGUGGGAGCUGGAAGAACGCCAUCUGCAGGAGAAACACCAGCUGUUCAAACAGCAGCUCAAAGAUCAGUACUUCAUGCAGAGACAUCAGCUGCUGAAGAGACACGAGAAGGAGAUGGAGCAGAUGCAGCGCUACAACCAGCGUCUGAUCGAGGAGAUGAAGAACAAGCAGACCCAAGAGAAGGCCAGGCUGCCGAAGAUUCAGCGCAGCGAGGCUAAGACCCGCAUGGCCAUGUUCAAGAAGAGCCUUCGUAUCACUGGAGCUGCCAUUACCCCCGAGCAGGAGAGGGAAAAGGUCAAACAGUUUUCAGCCCAGGAAGAGAAGAGACAAAAGAACGAGAGGCUCCAUCAGCUUCAGAAACACGAAAACCAGAUGAGAGACCUGCAGUUGCAGUGUGACGCCAACAUCCGAGAGCUCCAGCAGUUGCAGAACGAGAAGUGCCACCUGCUCAUCGAACACGAGACCCAGAAGCUGAAGGAACUGGACGAGGAGCACAGCCUGGAGCUGAAGGAGUGGAGGGAGAAACUACGACCCAGGAAGAAGGCCCUGGAGGAGGAGUUUGCCAGGAAGCUGCAGGAACAGGAAGUGUUCUUCAGGAUGAGCGGGGAGUCGGAGUGCCUUAACCCCUCCUCACAGAGCCGCAUCUCCAAGUUCUACCCGAUCCCCAGCGUCCACUCCACUGGUUUCUAGUUGAAAACAUACAACAUACAUAUGCACAAACAUCCACACAGUCUACAUGCACACAGUGCCCAUGGACACGAUGAGCACACACACACCCACACCGACAGUAAAGACCGAGCCUGUGCUGCCUUGCCCUCAUCCUCUGAAAAGGGUGAAAGAAGCAUUUCUGUUUCUGGACUUUUGUUCUCAGUCUGCUGCUCUGCUCUGCUCUGCUCUGCUCUGCAGCACCUUGUAUUUUGCUCAUUUUGUCAUAUUUUCACACUAUUACAGUCAUUUCGAAAGGAGAAUUAAGAAGGACAAUUUCCGAUUCAGUGUUUCGGUCCU